AACCAAACCAAAACCAUUAAACGCAGGGAUGAAUUUCGUAUGUCGGUUCCUGUGAUGGUUCUCACCUCCAUAGCGGAGGUCAACAUCGCGACCGCAUCAGAACGGCAUGACCCUUUUCCAAGGAUAAUCGGAGUGAAUGGACAGGUUGAUUCUAUCGGACAGUUGACUGAGAGUAGCUGUGCGUGCUCUAGAAGGAUUACACUACUCAGCGUCGUUUUGACACCAUUCUCCAGCGAUCUGCGAGCCUUACCUCUCGGACUCUGCAAAUCAGACAUUCUCGUCCCCUUCCCCUUACAUACAAAAUGCCGACAUCUGGCUCCAACAUGCUUCAAAUACCCACAGGUUUCCACAAGGUUUCCAGACGGUAGAGCUUUGCGCUCCAUCGUAUUUCAAAACUACUCCACUACAUAUUUAUUAUUACGGCUCUGGUCAAGGAAAAGCGAGACCGCGGCGACUGGAACAUUCAAUAUUCUGCCCAGGGAGGCUGCAAAGAAUCCCGUGCACAAAUCCGGCGCAACAGAAGUACUGUAUGUUGUGUUUAUGUUUCAUAAAAUCCUGUGAGAGCGAAGGACUCUGGACUCUGGAGGCUCAGCGCUCAGGCAUUAGGCAUGAUGGGAUAUCCACUUGGGCAGAAACGAUGGCGUUACUCGUACCCGCACGCACUCCAAAUUGACUUCAAACGCUACUAUGGCACCCAUCAAAAACUCAACGGGGUUCUUGCUCCAACGGAACUUCAAGGCUGUAUAAAUACCCUGCCAUCGAUUGUGCUCUUCCAUCGUCUUGUAUUCCCAAUCGUUCACUCCUUCCAUUCGUCACUCUCUAUCGACCUGGUGUCUUUGCAUCGCUGGAUCAUACCCCUCGCUCACUGAUUGAUCUUGUCUAAACUAUUGUUAAAUCAUGGCUAUUCUCGCCACUCGCAUCUUCGCGCUACUAUUCGCGAUCUCUUCUGUACAAAUCCACGCCGCCCCAUUAUACCCUCGUCAAACCAGCAACAACACGGAAUGUGUUCAAGCUAGCACUCAAACACUCCAAAGCAUUUCUGCUGCCGCACAAGCAGUAGACAAACUCGUUAGCGGCGGCACACCUGCCGAUCCAAAGGUCGCAUCUGCCUUGACAGCUGCACAAACCGGAAUAAAAGGCGCGACAGAGGGACUAAAAUCCCUCGUAACGUCUCUGAUGCAGAAACAAACGCCCUCCACAGAAGCCCAGAAUGAAAUUAGCAAGGGCUUCUCCGCUGCCCAGGCUGCACUCCAAUCUGUCCAAACGGACGACAAAACUAUUAAACCUGGUGUCGAAGACGCUUUGAACCAGUUGAACAACGUCGCCACGGACGGACGGAAGGCAAUUUCAGCUUGUGGGUUUGAUGACACCCAGACUAAUCAAACAUCGACACCAACAUCAACUCCCGGUGACAAUUCGACCACGACUGAAGGCGGACCGACCGGCUCUGAUUCUGGCUCAUCUACCGACGGGCAGACGGGUCAAACUGGUUCUACAGGUACCGCUUCAGACGGGCAGACUGGGCAGACUGGUCAGAAUAGCACCACUACAGGCACGGACCCGACCGGUCAAACGGGUUCCACUACGGACUCGGGGUCUAAGCCUGGUCAAAACGGUACCACUGACGGCCAGCAGAAUGGCCAGACUGGUAGCGAGACCGGAACAGGAUCAGGUACCAGCUCCGGUGCUGGUGGGUUAGGUGGCCUCGGAAACCUCCUUGGUCAGUUGCUCGGUGGUCUUGUCAGCGGCAACGGAGGUAUAGGCGGUUUGAGUGAUAUCCUUAAUGCAACUUUAGGUGGACUUCUUGGAGGAGUUCUCGGUGGUGGCUCUGGCGGUUUGGGAGGUAUCCUCGGAGGAAUCCUUCCCUAGACCGUAACUCGAGUGUUUCGCUGUCGAUACCCUGACCGCUUUAGCGUUCGUCCCAUGUUCACUCGUAUUUCGACCCCGAAAUGUAUUAUUGUAUAUACCACAUUGAUCAAAUACCUUGC